AUGCUCUCUCGACCCUGGGCCGCUCCUGGCGUCUACCUGAUCGCCUGUCUGUAUGAUAGCUCGGGCGCAUUUGCGCCGCUCUCUCAGCUGAGAAAGCUUUUUGGGACGCGCAGCAAUAAGUUUGCGCACGAAUCUGGUUUCUAUGACGAGAAGAAUGGCCUGCACCUCUCUACUUCGAGUCAAGCGUACGGCACAUUGUCUCGGCCUGUAAGGUCUUCCGGCUCAUCAUCGUCUGGCCUCUCGUCCGAGUCCGAAUCGGAUCCUGACCACAGGAACCAGCAUCGCAGCUCCGUACAACGACACACCCGCUCCAAGACUCUACAAGACACGGAAGAAAUCGCCCCGUCACGAAGGUCUAUACGUAUCAAGCUACACAGCGAGGAAGGACUUCGAAAGCACCGAAAGACACAAUCUGCUAGCUCACAGGCCAAACGCAGUGACGGCACCGCCGUGGCCGAUAUUUCUGCCCAGCUCAAGUCGCCGACAUCACCUGCUGGCGCUUUGACGAAGUACCCGAGAACACCAGCACCACCUCGCCCCCUUAUUCCCCGCCGCCAACCAUCUUACCUCAACCUCGAACAAACCGAUCGGAAGCACCAGAAGACACUGAUCCUGGAUCUUGACGAAACAUUGAUACACAGCAUGUCUAAGGGAGGCCGCAUGAGUACUGGGCACAUGGUCGAAGUCCGUCUAAACCAGACCUAUGUCGGCGCCGGAGGGCAGACGUCGCUGGGGCCGCAACACCCCAUUCUCUACUGGGUUAACAAGCGGCCCUAUUGCGAUGACUUCUUGCGCAGGAUCUGCAAAUGGUACAAUCUUGUAGUCUUCACGGCCUCCGUGCAGGAAUACGCCGACCCUGUCAUAGAUUGGCUCGAGUCGGAGAGGAAGUUCUUCUCGGCUCGUUACUAUCGCCAGCACUGCACGUUCCGACAAGGUGCCUUCAUCAAGGACCUGAGCUCUGUCGAGCCCGACCUCAGCAGGGUCAUGAUCUUGGACAACAGCCCGCUGAGUUACAUGUUCCAUCAAGACAAUGCGAUACCCAUCCAAGGCUGGAUUAACGACCCGACGGACAACGACCUUUUGCAUCUGGUGCCGCUUCUUGAGGGUCUGCAGUACGUGUCGGAUGUGCGGGGCUGCUGGCGUUGAGGGGAGGACGGUCAGCACAUGGCAUAUGGCAUAGUCGUUGUAAUGACAAAAAAGGGGCAGGCGGAGCGUGAGAAACUUCAGCGGCUUCAACUACGUCUGAAGGCGAUUGAAUGUGUGUAUGUAUACCAACAGCGGUGUUGUAGGUUUCCGGGAGUGAAACGGAGUUUCCGAGCGGGUGGGCGCAAAGAAACCAGCAUUCAGGGACGGACGGCAACGUCGAUAAGCUGGUUCUGAGAGCGGGUUUUGUUCAAUUGUUAUUCCAGUUUGUCC